AUGAGGUUCUCAUCAUGGCUGAAUCCAUCAGCUAGGAAUUCGCCAUCCAUAAUAGCCUUCUCUUCUUUACUGACCUUAACGCCAUUAACGACUGCCAUCACUUUUCAACCGGCUCCAUCCGCCAACCUCGAUCUUUCGAAUUUGGGACGUGUAGGACUGGGUGGAGAUUUUGAUGGUAUUUCGCUAUACAAAUACGUCGGUCAAAACGAAGAUGGCUACAAUACUACCACCCAAUCCGUUAUGGUACGCUUUCCAACGGGUGAAUUCGAUUCCUUGGCAUCGGCCGACGCUUCAAUCGCAGCCAUGUGUCCGUACGUCAAAUCGGAUGGGACACUCAUGGGGGUAGUAAUUGGAGGUAACUUUACGAGCUUAGGAAAUGUGGAAUCGCAAGGUAUUGCAUUGUUCAAUUCAAAUACAUCGGCAAUCACUGCACUCCCUGGAUUAUCGGGGUCAGUUUCGGCACUCUUAUGCGACGAGACCACAAAUGCAGUCUACAUUGGAGGUUACUUUGAUUCUACAAAUUCUUCAAACGUAAUCAAGUUGGUGGACAACACCUUGGUCGCCCUACCUUUCUCUGGAUUUAACGGUCGGGUCAAUUCGAUCUCGAAGGCGUCGAACGGAAACAUCAUCUUUGGGGGAACUUUCACAGGACUUGGAAAUUCUACUGCAACUAUUACCAGCAAACCUAGUAAUGCAACUGAUCAGCAAAUUGUCAACAUUUCUGGCGCCAACAUCACAAGCAGUGGCACAGCCACAACUACGGGCUUUGACGAUCCAACAAACAUUGUUUGCAAGACUAAUGGUGUCGAUGGCUCUGGAAAUACUUGGUUAUUGGAGGAUGAUACUGCUGGCUGGUGGAAAGCUACGUUUGGUUUUGGCUUCCAGCCUACCAAGUUGAGACUACGGAAUACGCACCAAGGUGGUCGAGGUACCAAAACUUGGAGAUAUACGGCUCAGCCAAUAAACGGUAUCAUGAACUUUACUUACAUCGAUCCAGCUACAGGUGCUAAUGCAACAUGUACAUCGGAAUGCCCUUUGAGCAACAAUGCUAGUAUUCCAUAUCAGGACUUUCACUUUGUGAAUUCGGUUGGUAUGGAUGCUUUUCAGAUUGAUAUCUCUGCUUGGUACGGCAGUGGAGGUGGCCUGAAUGGCAUUGAGUUAUUCCAGGAUGACAUUUUUUCCUAUGCUAUUAACGAUUUCAAUGAGCCUACCUGUGCUUCUUUAUCAACUGCGUCAAACACAACAUCGACCGGCCCUUGGACCAUCAGUCCCUCAUUUCAAAGUGAUGCAGAGUACCUCACUGGAAAAUUUACAGCAGAUACAGCAAGCUCAGCUUCUGUGGUAUUCUACCCUGAUAUCAGAGAGUCGGGCAACUACACAGUGAAAAUGUACACCCCUGGAUGCAUUCAAGAUAGUACAUGUACAAGCAGAGGCUCUGUUGUUGUAAAUGGAAGUGUGGCUAGUGACGCUUCUAGCACUUCCGCAACCUUCGGCUCGCCCAUUACCCUCUUCCAAUCUAAUGACUACGACAAGUAUGAUCAAGUAUACUCUGGUUACAUCGAAGCUGCUAGUAAUACCUUCCGCCCUUCAAUCACCCUCACUCCAAGUGGUCAGAUCCCUGGAAAUUCAGAGAACUUUACUAUUGUAGCUCAGCGAGUUGGCUUCAUCUUGAACAACGCGACUAGCACAGGAUUAAAUGGUCUUUUCGAAUUCGACCCAAGCCAAAGUGUCAUCAAUACUUCCGAUUUCCACAACAAUACGAUCGAUCAAGCUGGUAUGAAGCUCAAUACCGGUGCUGAGGUCAACGUUGUUGUAACUUCUGGCGACACUAUCUUCGUUGGUGGUAAUUUUUCCACAACAGGAUACGAAAACGUAUUCUCAAUUUCAGACUCUGGUCCUAACUCAUUAGAUUCUAGAGGAUUAAACGGAGAGGUCCUUACUAUGCUCCUUGAAGACUCAACCCUAUACGUUGCAGGAAACUUCAGCAGUAACUCAGGCUCAACGACUACUGCAGGUUUGAACAACAUCGCCGCUUAUGAUAUCAAGCAGAAUAAAUGGAGUGCACUAGGAGCCGGUGUCAAUGGAAAGGUCACAUCGGUGGUACCAAUAUCAUUGAAUAUUACCGCUAACAAACCCGAGAAUGUCAUUACCUUGACUGGAGAUUUUAACCAGCUCAUUGCAUUUGGAAGCAAUUCUUCAGUUUCAGUUUCUGGUUUUGUCAUUUGGGUACCCUCACAUGACAAUUGGUUACAAAAUCUUGAUAUUGCGGCAAUGUCUAUUAACGGUCAACUCACCGCCGCGGUAAAUGCUUCCGGCGACGCCAUCUUUGCUGGUUCGCUCUCAUCUUCGCAACUCAGCGCCAAUGGAAUAGUUUCUCUCGCAUCAGGACUAAGCCCGUUCCCCGUCAAAAUUCAAGCAACUCAAGCGCAGUCUACAUCGACCUUAUCGAAAAGAAACACUGCUAGCCAAAAUGUUAGUGGUGUUGUGACUGGACUCUUCUACGAGAAUGGCUCACGCAAUGUUACAAUUCUCGGUGGUCAUUUCACAGCAACUUCUACCAAUGGUACCGACGUUAAUAACCUUGUCUUCAUUGAUGGCGCGAAUGACAACACUGUCACUGGACUCGGAUCUCAAAUCGACGCAGAUUCUACCUUCCGUGCAUUGGCUAUAAAAGAUGACAUGCUUUAUGCUGGGGGCUCUGUUACCGGGACUGUUAAUGGAGGACAAAUUAAUGGUCUUAUCUCAUACAAUCUCAAGACUUCGACAUUUUCAUCACAGACACCAGCUCUCGGCGGAAACUCGGUUGUUGUCAACGACAUCGCGGUGAGGACGAAGACUGGUGAUUUAUAUGUUGGUGGAAGUUUCACUCGAGCCGGAUCAUUAGAUUGCCCAGGUGUUUGCCUAUUCACAGCGUCUGCAUCUCAAUGGAAUCGACCAGGAACAAAUCUUGAAGGUACUGUCAAUACUAUGCUCUGGGCUAGCGAUACCUCUCUUAUUGUAGGCGGGUCAUUGUCAGUCGACGGCGCCAAUGUAUCCGUAGCGAUUUACGACACCAAGGCUCAAACAUGGGCCACCGCUACUGGCGCAGAGAAUAUUCCAGGCACAGUAACAUCUCUUGUCCCAGCCACUAGUGACAUUUCAGAGUAUUGGGUAGCUGGUACUGCAAAAAAUGGCUCAGCUUUCAUUAUGAAAUAUGAUGGUAAAAACUGGCUCUCGGUUGGGGACGUAUUUGAAAGUGGUUCAGUCAUUCGUGGUCUUCAAAUGAUGCCUCUUUCAUCAAAUCAUGACAGCUCUGAUCUUGUUCCUUCCAAUCAGAUUUUGAUGCUUACAGGUGCUAUGGUGUUACCAACCUUUGGUAAUGUCUCGGCAGUUCUCUUCAAUGGAACCACCUUUCAACCUUUUGCUCUCACAAGCAGUACCUCGAAUACCGGAGGUAGUCUGUCACAUAUUUUCUCACAAGAAAAUAACUUCUUCAAAUCAUCAGGCGGUCACCUUGCAGUUGGCUUGGUCGUACUUAUCGCUUUAGCGAUUUCUCUCGCAUUAAUAUUCCUUAUAGUUGUUGCAGGUGUACUUGCAGAACGUAUCAGAAGAAAACGUGAGGGUUACAUGCCUGCACCAACAAAUAGUUACGACCGAAAUAAUGGAAUGUCAAGAAUUCCUCCACAACAACUAUUCAGUUCCCUUGGUCAAGGUCGAACCGCAGCCGAAAAAGCACCCAUGAUUUGA